AUGGUUAUUGAUCCGUCGAUAUCAUUGGUACCAUUUGCAUCGCUUGAUAACCACAGCUUUUUUCAAGAGAGUGAAAAAGAAAUACUCUUUUCAAUGCAUACUGUCUUUCGUAUCGGUGAUAUGAAACCACUAGACAAGGAUAAGACACCACGAUUGUGGCAUGUUCGUUUGGCAUUGACGAAGGCCGACGAUGAACAACUUCGCCAAUUGACUGAAUAUAUGCGUUUGGAUCUUCGCUCUGUUAUGGCCCCUGGAUAUGAAAUCAACAUGGAUCCAACAUGGCGACUGAGCAAGCUGUUUAUGAAUAUGGGUGACUAUGACAAAGCAUACACCAUAUAUGAGAUGAUGCUUGACAAGGCCACCCGAGAAAAUGAUUCGAAAUUAGCACAAGCAGUACAUUAUCAAUUAGCAGAAUUGUUCGCAAUAUACAAGACUGAUUGGGAACAAGCAAGAAAACACAUUAAACAGAUGUUCUGUUUAGGAAUGCCCGAUGAUAGUGAUGUUGAUAAUGAUGCCAGAGGUGAAUUCGCCAUGGUGUUCUCGGCAAUAAGAGAUCUGCUUGCUUCCGAGCAAAUCAAUGAGGAAGAGUGUCAUCAGAUCAUGGCUGAUUUAUUGCAUAAGAUGGUUACAUUAUAUCUUGACCAUUCGGUCAAACCAUUGAGUCCAUUCGAAUAUCAACUCAUUGUGGAUCGUUACAAUUACAUUGGUUUCGUACGAAAGAAACAAGGAAAAUUGUCAGAAGCAAAGGCCUGUCAUAAGCGAGCAUUGCAAAUACUACGCGAACAUUUACCUUCUACUCAUCCUCGUUUGGCAGUGACAUAUAAUUAUAUGAGUUCGAUCUAUUCGACAAUGAACAAUUACUCGCGCGCACUUGAAUAUCUCAAAGAAGCACUGAAGAUUCAAGAAAAAGCACUACAGCCAAAUCAUCCACAUAUAGUCGAGACUCAUUUUCUUAUGUCGAUUCACUUCGAACAACUGAACAAGCUUGAUAAAGCGUUGAAACAUGCAAAGAAAGCUGUCGCCAUCGCACAUCAAGUAUUUAAGGCAUCUGGCGAUUCAAAUAUGAAAAAGUAUCAAGAACAAUUCGACAAAAUUCUUGCUCUCACUCAAUCGUGUGAUGAACUCGUGCUCUAG